GUCCGGGCGGGCGCCGGCCGAGGGAGGGGGCGCGGCGGCUUUGGAGUCCGGCGCUCCAUCAGGCCGCGGACGCGGUGCUGGUUGCUGCGGCUCGGGCGGCGGGGCUGGCAGGGAUGUGACGGGCGGCCCUUCGUCUCACCUUCCGUUCUCGGGCCCGCAGGUCGCAGGGCGGCCUGCAGCUGGGCCGCGGCCGAGGAGGCAGCGCGACCUCCGCACGGGCUAAAUGAAAGACACACCCUAAAACACAUCCUGAGGUGAAACUUUGGUGGGGCACACCGUUGCCGGACGGUUAAGCCUUUCCACCCUCUGGUUGCAUAGGAAGGACAGUUUCUUGCCUCGGUCAUGGAGAUCCUGUAUAGCCUGUCUUCCACAGGUGUUCCUGUCUCUUGAGAUAGCAGCCUGAGCCAGCCCCAGGACAUUAUUCAUUUAUUCUGUCAACUUUUAAGAACAAAUGCACCUUAUAGCUCAUGGAAGAAAAAACACAAAUCAAGACAUUUUUGGGUUCCAAGUUGCCAAAGUAUGGAACAAAAUCUGUAAGAAGUACAUUGCAGCCAAUGCCAAAUGGGACACCUGUUAAUUUAUUAGGAACUUCCAAGAAUAGUAAUGUCAAAAGUUACAUCAAAAAUAAUGGCUCUGAUUGUCCAUCAUCUCAUUCAUUUAAUUGGAGGAAAACAAAUAAAUAUCAACUUUGUGCACAGGGUGCCGAAGAGCCUAACAAUACUCAAAAUUCACAUGAUAAAAUAAUUGAUCCUGAAAAACGUGUUCCUACUCAAGGAAUGUUUGAUAAAAAUGGGAUAAAGGGAGGUUUGAAAAGUGUUUCUUUAUUCACAUCAAAGUUAGCAAAGCCAUCCACUAUGUUUGUGUCAUCUACAGAGGAGUUAAACCAAAAGUCUUUUUCUGGACCAUCUAAUUUGGGUAAAUUCACCAAAGGCACAUUAUUAGGAAGGACUUCAUAUUCUUCGGUCAGUACUCCAAAAUCACAGUUGAAUGGAUUUUAUGGAAACCGGUCGGCUGGUAGCAUGCAAAGGCCUAGAGCGAACUCCUGUGCCACCAGAAGCAGUUCUGGAGAAAGCUUAGCUCAAUCCCCAGACAGUAGUAAAUCUAUUAAUUGUGAAAAAAUGGUAAGGUCACAAAGUUUUUCACAUUCCAUUCAGAAUUCAUUCCUUCCACCUUCAUCUAUAACCAGAUCACAUUCCUUUAAUAGAGCUGUGGAUCUUACAAAGCCUUAUCAGAACCAACAGCUAUCCAUUAGAGUGCCUCUACGGUCAAGUAUGCUAACAAGAAAUUGCCGGCAGCCAGAAGUGCUCAAUGGGAAUGAACAUUUGGGGUAUGGAUUUAAUAGGCCUUAUGCUGCUGGUGGAAAGAAGUUGGCUUUACCAAAUGGCCCAGGUGUAACUUCUACUUUAGGUUAUAGAAUGGUUCAUCCCUCUCUGCUGAAAUCUAGCCGAUCUCCAUUUUCUGGGACUAUGACAGUUGAUGGAAAUAAAAAUUCACCUGCUGACACAUGUGUAGAGGAAGAUGCUACAGUUUUGGCUAAGGACAGAGCUGCUAAUAAGGACCAAGAACUGAUUGAAAAUGAAAGUUAUAGAACAAAAAACAACCAGACCAUGAAACAUGAUGCUAAAAUUAGAUACCUGAGUGAUGAUGUGGAUGACAUUUCCUUGUCGUCUUUGUCAUCUUCUGAUAAGAAUGAUUUAAGUGAAGACUUUAGUGAUGAUUUUAUAGAUAUAGAAGACUCCAACAGAACUAGAAUAACUCCAGAGGAAAUGUCUCUCAAAGAAGAGAAACAUGAAAAUCGGCCACCACAGGAUAUGUUUGAUUCCCCCAAGGAAAAUGAAAAAGCCUUCAGUAAAACUGAUGAAUGGAUAGAUAUAAGUGUCUCUGACAGGAGUGAAUGUACAAAACAUACUUCUGGGAAUAAUUUGGUUUCACCAGAUACAGACUACAGAGCUGGUUCUUCGUUUGAACUCUCUCCAUCUGAUAGCUCUGAUGGUACAUACAUGUGGGAUGAAGAAGGCUUGGAACCCAUUGGAAAUGUCCAUCCAGUUGGGAGCUAUGAGUCCUCUGAAAUGAACAGCAUAGAUAUUUUGAAUAAUCUUGAAUCAUGUGACCUUGAGGAUGAUGAUCUUAUGCUUGAUGUGGAUCUGCCUGAGGAUGCACCUCUUGAAAAUGUGGAGUGUGACAAUAUGAACCGCUUUGACCGACCAGACAGAAAUGUUCGGCAGCCUCAGGAAGGUUUUUGGAAAAGGCCACCCCAGAGGUGGAGUGGACAGGAGCAUUACCACCUCAGCCACCCUGAUCACUAUCAUCACCAUGGAAAAAGUGACUUGAGCAGAGGCUCUCCCUAUAGAGAAUCUCCUUUGGGUCAUUUUGAAAGCUAUGGAGGGAUGCCCUUUUUCCAGGCUCAGAAGAUGUUUGUUGAUGUACCAGAAAAUACAGUGAUACUGGAUGAGAUGACCCUUCGGCACAUGGUUCAGGAUUGCACUGCUGUAAAAACUCAGUUACUCAAACUGAAACGUCUCCUGCAUCAGCAUGAUGGAAGUGGUUCAUUGCAUGAUAUUCAACUGUCGUUGCCAUCCAGUCCGGAACCAGAAGAUGGUGAUAAAGUAUAUAAGAAUGAAGAUUUAUUAAAUGAAAUAAAACAACUUAAAGAGGAAAUAAAGAAAAAAGAUGAAAAGAUCCAACUAUUAGAACUUCAGCUUGCAACUCAGCAUAUCUGCCACCAAAAAUGUAAAGAGGAAAAAUACACUUAUGCUGAUAAAUAUACCCAAACACCCUGGAGACGAAUUCCUCCUCAAGUACUACAGCCUUCCAGCAGCCUUCCCAGACCCACAGACCACACCCAGGGAAAACUAAUAAAGCCACAACGUAUCGAGGCCCGCAGUGAAUGCGCAAUCCAAGACAUGCAUCAGGGCAUUGCACAUCCAGAAGAAAGCUUUACACACGUCUUGCAACAAGAAAGCAACUAUGGUUUGGAAGAGCAGCCUUUUUCAUCAGGCCCACAAUUAACAAUGGAUGUGGCUAAGAGUACACCUUCUGAAGCAAACUUAAACAUUACUGUAAAUGCUCAAGAGCCUUAUCAUUUGGCAAACAAUCAAAUUAGUGACAUGCAGUUUAUACCCACUUCUCUUCAGACACCUCCCGAGUCAAGUACAGUAGACCAGGCUAAGAGAGUUGGAAGAAAUCAGUCUCCGCCAGUGGGUUAUACGUCUCAGCCCAAGUCCUUGCAGCUUUUAAAGCCAUCCAUAUUGAGCUCUUUGGUACCGCCUCCAGUUUCUGAAUCAUCUCCAAGUAGGACUCCCACUUGUAAAAAGUCACCAAUAAUCACAACAUGUAAUUCAGCAAAACUUCAGCCAACAUCUAGUCAAACAAAUGUUGCAAAUAAUCAGAAUCUGAAAGCAUCUAAGCUCCGCCCCCCCUCAGGCUCUUUCAAACAAAAACAAACAAACAGCCCCCAACUAGAGCCUCAAAGCUUCCAGGCCAAGACAAGCAUCCCAAGGCCACUAACACAACGAAAAGAAAUCAUGCAGAAUCCAAAUGGCAAUUUGCAUUCUGGAGAUUGUUUGGCCUCUAAUCGAUAUUCUCGUCUUCCUAAACCAAAGAUACAUUAAGUACAUAGCCAUCACCUGCCAAUUUGUUUCUUAAAAACAAUCUCUUCUGUAAUAGCUUUAUGUGUAGCUUGCAGCUUGCUACCGUGGUGGAGGUUCCAUUGAAAGCCUGCAAAUCUUAAAUUAAAAUGUGGAAGCUUCUACUAGUUUGGCUCCUUCAUUUUAUAUCCUGGUUGAAGUACAUGCCAUUUUAGCGUAAUUAUCUCAGGUAAACACGAAAGUUUGCUUACCCAUUUCAGAGGCCUGCCAAAGGCCCAAAUCAUGUUAUCCAUCCCUCUCCACGUCAGAAAAUUCAUAAUAUUUUACUGAGCAGGCAAGAAGUGUGCUUUGCUGGUUUAGUCCUGUUAAGGUCUGUAUUUAUUGUGGUUGUUAGAACCUCACCCCUUUUCACUUGUCUCUCCUGUGAAUAUGGCUACUAUUUUAACUAAAGAUAUGGUGAUAAUGGAAGAUGGUAGUCUGUAAGCAGAGUUCUGGCCAGUGUUUUGUAUAUUUAAAAGGUCUAUGCAAAAGCUUUGUGAUGAAUAAAGGAGAUUAGGGUUUUAAUGGAAAGUCUAUGUAAGUUUUAUUUUUCCUUGCCAGGGUCAGUCAGCUAAUGUUACUAUUGAUUUAUUUCCCAAAUUCCCCAGGCUGGAAAUGUUUCUUAUUACAUAUAAAUCAGUUAUAUAUUCCUUUACAUCUUGUUUUACAAACACAUGUGCGUGCACACACACAUAUACACACACAUAACCAUUUAUGUUUGUAUUUGUUACUGGGUAAAUUUUGGAGAGCUUGAGAUACACCUUGAAACCUGUACCUAAACAUGUAUUCAUUUGUAACAUAUGUUGGUGCUAGAGUUUUGCUGGUAAUUCAGUUUUGAACCCUUAGGCUUAUGGAUCCAUGAUAGCCAUUUUAAGGUUCCACAGCAUUAUGUCUUUAAUUGUAAUAUUUAUAUUUAUUGAUUUUAUGCUAAUACCUGAAGACUGAAAUAAUGAACUUGAAACAUUUGCACAAAACCUUGAUGUGGGGUAUAAAUAUACCAUAUAUAGGGAUUGUAAACUAUUUUCUAUAGCAAAACAAGUUAAAAUAUUUUGAGAAAAAUAACAAAUUUAAAUAAGACUAUCUUGAGAAAGCUGGAGUUCAUAAUAUUCUCCCCUUCCCCCACCUCCGGUCUCCUAGGUUUCCGUUUUCUGUGUUUUUUGUUUUUUUCUGUUUGUUUUUUGAGACAGAGUCUUGCCCCAUUGCCCAGGCUGGAUUGCAGUGGCGCAAUCUCGGCUCACUGCAACCUCUGCCUCCUGGGUUGAAGCGAUUCUCCUGCCUCAGCCUCCUGAGUAGCUGGGACUACAGGCAUGUGCCACCAUGCCUGGCUAAUUUUUUUGUAUUUUUAGUAGAGAUGAGGUUUCACCUUGUUGGUCAGGCUGGUCUCAAACUCCUGACCUCAAGUGAUCCAUCCACCUCGUCUAUGGUGUAUUUUUGAAAGACAAUUUUUUAAAGGUAGAUUUGGGGAAAAAAAUAGAAUUGAAGAUGGGAAAUUUUGUUUUAUUAAAAAGGUGCUAGAAGGUAUUUCAAAGACAGUAUUCUUAUUUUAAUACGCUGUAGAAGGUAGGCGUGGAACCUCCAUGCUACCAUGUGCACGAACCUAAUUAUGCUUUGGGCCACUUGUCAGUUCAGUAAAUCUGCCUUCCUCUUCUCCCAAAUCAUGUCAUCUUUAGGUUGUUCACCUGCAGCUGCUUUAAAUGAAUUAGUAUCUUUCAGAUAGAUAACCUUACAAAGAGAAUGUUUGUUUUGAGCAGCUGACCAAAAAUAUAUCAAACAGGAUUAUUGCCAAAAAGUCACUCAAAUUUCUAGAGGUUCCUUUAAAAGAUGUAUGUUGAUGAAAUUGCCCCUUUAUAAGAAAAACAACAGCAAGUCUUUUAGUAGAAAUUUGAAAGAAGUGUUUGCUACCAUUUUGACCCAUUAUUCCUUUACCUAUCAGAUGAAUUUGCCAUUCACUGGAUAGAAACCAUUCUUGGAUUUGGUAAGAGGUGAGCAAGACAAAUCUUGUACCAUACUCUUAUGUACCAGCACUUCUGAUGGAGAAGCAGUGAAGUUCAGAACGUUCUUCAUAUAGUCCAGAUACUGUUAGAGUCAGGCAAAUCAGCAAAGCACUUAUUUGUUUAUGGAGAUGACCCAUGAUGGCUGCAGUUGUAAGUGGGCAUACGUAUUCUGUCAUUUUGAAGGAGAAAGAAAACCGUUCUCACAUGUUGCAAAUAUGUGAAUCAUACUAUAUUUCCCUAAAGUAAAACCAGUGACUUAGUGGUUUUUGGUUUAUUUAGAAGUUGGUUUAGGCCCUUAGGAAACAUUAUUUACGAGUUGGCCUUAUCGUUAAGGGAAAAGUUCUAAAUUUUUUAAUUUAUUUUUUAUUCCCUAGUCUGAGGAAAAUGUCUUUAUUGUCCAUUACAUAAAAAUGUUGACUCCAGUAAUUUAUUUUUCUCCAUUUUUUCCUCCAUGCAUUUACUCAAUUUUUCUCUAUUUUUUUCUUCCCUGAUGGAUUUGCAGAAAUGUUAACCAAUUAGCUCAACUUUUCUCUACCUUUGUUGAGUCUUAAUCUUUUAGAAGAUAGGCUCAUCGUAUAUUUAUGAAGCAUAAUAUAUUAAAAGAAAACAAAUCUAGGAUGCUUGCAUGACAAAGUAUUUGCCUGCAGUUUUCAUUAAAAACUGCAAGAAUAUCAUGCUUGUCUGCUUCUUAGUAAAUGUUAAGUCUGAAAUGGAAGUGAGGAUGUAACUCUACUGAAUAAUCAAAGAUCAUCUUAGAUUGGGCUUGAUCUGUGUUUAUUGCUUCUAUUAAUGUAAAUCAACUCUGUGCCAAAUCCUCCUCCACUGGAACACAAACCAUUUAUUGUCUUAGUUCUAGUGGUAUCAAUGAAGGUAGAUAGUCACAGUAUAUGAAUUCUAAGUCCUGAGGAAGAAAUUUUAUGGGGUUUGUUAAGUUUCAUAUUUGUGAAAGAGGAAAUUAGUAAAGUAUUCAGACUUCGAUAUUUGGCUGUUAAUGGGAUGCAUAUCAAAUUUUUAAAAGAAAGCUUGGCCUAAGGAGUUUAUUGGUACAGGUGCAGAUGAUUUUAAGGCAUUAAAGGAUUAUAGAGUUAUGUCAUUUAGACUGUUUCUAAUAACUGAGACCAUCUAACAUUUUUCUUUUGGAGUCUCAUUUUUAUUUGUGCAAUAUUUUCAGGCAUAUAGGCUACUGUUCAUUGUAUUUAUAUAUAUAUUAGAAUUUACUAAGUACUUUAACAAGUAAAAAUCUGAAUAUGAAAGAAAAUAUCAGAUUUGCACUUUAAAUGAGCUUAAUUGCUUGAAAUUGUGCCUGAAAUAUCGAAAUGCCUCCUAUGGGGUGUGGCUUUGUUGAAAUAAAUUUGUAAUUGUUGCUGUUUGAAGUUAUCAGUACAGCUGUUCACAGAAAUAUAUUCCCAGCAUGUCACUUUUCCCAUUAAAGCACUAAGUUUUCUUUGAAUGUUCCAUUGUCCCGAUAAGUAUUUUACUUUUUUCUCAGUACAUCAGAGAGAGCGUGAUCCCCCUACAGCUGUCACUUCCAAAUGUUCCUGUAGCAUAAAUGGUGUUACAGACACUGGGGUGCACUCUUGGUUUCUGAGCAGAGUUGUCAUACUGGUUUCCUGGUCUCUAGGGCACUGGGGAUGUAGUUUGAAAUCACCGAACAGGCUUGGAAUUAAGAUCAAUAAGGCUGCAGCACCAUUUCAAUUUACUUUCCAUCUUACCCAGUAGUUUUUGUGUUUUUAAAUUCAUUUGGGUGGUUAUGUUUGCAUGCUUAAGCACACAUUUGAAAAUUAAUUAUAGCUGUACUACCCGAUGUUUUUCCUUGGGGAUGAUGGCCUUGUUCCUUUUUAAAUUCUGAUGCUUGAAUUCUAUUUUCUAAUGAUUUUUCACAUCUCCCUUUAAGUUUUUGCUGCAGCAAUUUGAGAGAGUACUUUUGAUUAAAUGAUUCUGAUGGUGGGCACCAAUCUACAACUAUGUCAUUAACUGAAGAUACAUGUUUUAAUCUUGUUGGGAAUAAGCUUACCCACUUUCUCCUUGGUAAAGCAUUUACUUAACAAAAUAAUACCGGAGAAUGUAAGGUCUCUAAGUCAUUACUAACAAAGAGCAAAAAUAAUAUCUGCAGUAUUGUUUUUCCCAUUGAUUUUAAAAGUCAGUUUAGAGUACAAACUGUAUAUUAGAAUUUGCCUGUAAAAUGAAUUCUAAAAAACAGAUGUAAAGUCUCUCCUGAAAAUGUUGGCAUAGUAAAUAAAAAUAAAGUUCAUAAUUAUAAAA